CGCUUCCACUUCCGUUAUGGCGGGCUGUGUGCUCUGAUUAAGGUAAACUACAGAGAAAAAGAAUUUCAGUCCUGGAAAUUGAAAUGUUCGGUCAACAAAACCAGCAGAAUAAGCCUGUUGGCAUAUUUGGAGCUACGUCUCAGCUUGGUCAGAAUACGGGAGGGUUCAGUUUUGGUGCAACCGCAGGAAGUACUGCCGCUUCGAGUUCAACUUCUUCGUCUGGCGGGUUCGCCUUUGCUGCACCAUCACAACAAUCAGGUGAAAUUUGCGGCGAUUCUUCUGGAAUGGUGCUACUUUUUUGUAACAUAAGAAAAAUUUCGUUCUUAUUUCUUUGGUAGUGGAGUUAGUGAAAUCUACCGGAAUAAAUAUUCGAAUACUUUAUAUUAAGUAAAGGCUCAUCCAUAAUUAUUAUGCCACGCCUUCGCACUUCGAGAACGAUGAACACUUUUAUAUUUGCUAUGGCAAGGAGGUUUAAUGGCUAGAUUUUUAUCGAUACGAUAUCCUUUAUUUUUGUUACGGCACGCGUGAUAAUUAUAGUAAUAAUAAUGAUAAUGAUAAUGUAGAUACUUUUAAUUAAUUUAAAUUUAUUUUAAUUAGUUUACAUUUAUAGCUAAUGUAUUUUAUUUAAUUUACUAUCAUGUUAUUAUAUUGUAAAUUGCUGGUAUAAUAAGACGUGUAAUUAGGUUUUUGAAUUUUAAAUUUUAAAUUUCUUGGAUUGUAAAAAUGUGUAAUUCAGCCCUCGGGCUGCAAAUGCAUUUGAGAUUAAACUAUCUAUCUAUCUAUCUAUAAACUCAAAGUGUUCUCACGUUGAGUGGAAAUUUUGCUGAAAUUUUAUUCUUCAAAAGGUGACUUUUUGGGUUUUGCAGAAAUAUGUGUGAGGUUCGAAACAAUUGAAAUUAUUACUGAGAACCAACUUUUUGUGAUUUUCUGUUUAAGGAGCUGGAUAAUUGAGACGAAAAGGAAAAAAAUUUAAGUUUUUAAACUUAACGAGUUGUACAUACAAUGAUCCUACAAUGAUAUUCUUAUUGACUGAUUUACGUCUGUUUGGAUAGGAAAAAUUUGGCUCUUAGAGGAAGUAUGGAUAAUAUUAGGGCAGCAAUCCUGAAUUCUUUCCCUGUCCAGCCCAUCCACUCAGUCACUUAAAACCUUUUAAAAUGCCCGUUUCCUUGUGUCUUUCUCUGUCUAGGAUUUCAGUUUGGUUCAACUACCACACCAUCAGCCACAAAACCUGGCGCCACAGGAGGCCUUACUUUUGGUGAGACACCUAGGACCACAGGAGGUUUCACACUGGGUGCAACACCUACAUCUCAGCCAGUGGGAUUCAGUUUUGGCACAAAAUCAAGUAGCAGUUUUCAGUUUGGUACGCCAACAGCAACUGCAGCAACAACACAACAACCUGGGGGGUUUGCAUUCAAUUCUUCUUCAACAACUGGAAUUUCCUUUGGUACACCUGCCACAUCUUCUGGUCAGGCAGCUAGUAGUGGGUUUAGGUUGGGUGGAGCAGGUAAGCUUUUUUCUUGGAAAGUAGGGGUAUAACAACUAUUAUAUAAUACGCUCAGUUAUGCACGCAUUCUGAUUGGUUCUCACUUAUGAUCUAUUGGAGGACAGACAUAUAGAUGAUGUCAUCAUUAAAACUUUUUUUAAUUCUUUAUUAUAUAAAACAACUAGAUUCCAAGUUGCCAUGCGUCUGUUCAGUAAUAGAUCACAGAGGAUGUCAAAAUGUGGUAAGAACAUCAGUGACACACUCAGCUGCGCCUCAUGUGCCACUUUUUUGUUCUUACCACACUUUGACGUCAUCUGUGAUCUAUUACUGAACAGAUGCAUGGCAACUUGGAAUCUAUCUGUUAAGUGGAAUAAGUUGAACAAGAUUUAGUAAUUAAUCACUGACAAGAAAACUGCUAAAUUUCUAAAGCAAGAGAAGGGGCACAUCACUGAUCUGCAAGAAAGAAACAAAUCACAAUAUAUUACAACAGCCAAAUUUCAGUAAAAAACUGUUUUGUUAUGUAUUUCCCAAGCUUGCCUUGAGUAUGGCUUGAAGUCCUGGCGCUCUUUCACAGAAGGAUUUCCAACUGCACUUCAAGAAUUAUAUCAAUUGAUAUAAUAACAUUUUGUUGAGUACUUGUGAAAAAUUUGUUCUAGCAGGAAUUCUGUUAAACCUAGUCAUUAAAAUCAUUCUCUUUUCAUAACUGGCCUUUCUACUUUUCCACUUCUUUUAAGUUUUAUAGUGCAAAAUGUGUUAAGUUGUAGUUUCCUGAAGUAUUUCCCAACUCAGUGUAAAUAUGUUAUCACGGUUUAAAAUGGAUAUUGAUUUUGUCCUUUCAUUUCAGGAUCAGGCUUUUCAUUCAGCAACCCUGCACCAGCAACCACAUCUGCAACAGGAGGCCUCUCCCUGGGUUCUACAUCCACUGCUGCUUCCUCUCAAUUGACUGGGGGCCCUACCUUUGGAAAACCAGCUGCUACAAGCACAGGGUUCAGCUUUGGUCAGUCCUCGGGCUUGACAUUUGGCACUCCAAACACUCAACAAAGUGGACUGAUAACAGGUGGUGGAGCACCAGUAGGGCUUACACAGGGGACAAACAAAACUACAGCACCCACAACAGCGACUCCGACUGUGGGUAUUUCACUUGGAGUUAAUGUGUCUUCUGCUCAGUCAGGACUGUCUUUUGGGGCAGUCACUGCAACAGCAUCUACUAGUUACCCUAGCACUCUACCUACGCUUGGGGCUACUGCCCCAGCAACUACCACUGGUGGAUUUUCUCUUGGAAACAACCUCAAAUUAGGUGGCACUGCAGCUGCCCCAGUUAGUACUGGGUUGUCUUUCAAUCUACCAUCUUCAACAAGUACUUCAGCAACACCAAGUUCAGGGUCAUCAUUUGGAUUAACUACAACCACAGCACCUAGCACAGCCAGCAGUUCAGUCUCCACAGUUCCCACUCUGAGUACAAAGCUUUCAGGAAUAGGCACAACUGCUGUUACGACUGCUUCAGGGUUACCUGCAUCUGGACCAUCAGGAUUAAAAUUUAGCACUCUACAAACAACAUCAUUAUCAACUGCGACAACAACAGGUCAGUUUUGUGACAAUGCAUUAAUUGAUUAAUUGUGUUUGGGUUCACUCUAGAGAUGUGACAUUUAAAGUCGUACUUCUAAAUGCAAAACUGGAAGUAGAUUUAUUUUGCUAUAGAACAACAUAAUUGUCCAUUUAAGUAACAUUUUUCACUCACACACUCUGAUUUCUGAUAUAAUUUUUUAUGGAUAUAUUUUUAGUGGCUUCAGCACCUGGAACCAUAGCUAGCACAGCAAGGUGAAUAUUUUUUUGUUUCCUCAAAUAUUCCAAAGUGAUCUGUUUUUUAUAUUAAAUAUGUGUUUUUUAUAUUAAAUAUGUGGAACAAUCUUUGAACCCUUUUAGCUUCCAGAAUUGAUUAACAUAUAACUUCUCCCUAUAAUAUCCAUACAUUAUCCAGCAAACAGGUAAUGAGAAUGCUCAAAUUUUUCACUAGAUAGAAGUUGUUAUCUUGAUCUAACACCAAAUCCUUGUAACUGAUUUACAGAGAAAUGUUUUGCAGGUGGAGGGAAGAAUAACAAUCGUAUCUUGGGAGUUAAAGGGUUAAAAACAAAGUCCAGAUGUAUAUUUCUCCAGAGAUAAAAUUCUAGACAAUCAAGGUUCAUACAGGUUGUGGAAAACCUGGAAAGUCAUGGAAAUCCAUAGGAUAAUUUUCCAGGACUGACAAAUCACAGAUUUUACACAAAACUCAUGGAAAGUAAAGAAAAUUGACUGAGUGUGAUAUUUUUGGAAACAACAACAAAAACAAGCUUUCAUUACAUGAUAGUUUUCAGGUCAUUUUGGAACCUGGUAACUUUUCAGUGGUGUUUGGAAGUAAUAAGCUUAUCUGUCUUCAUUGCAGUUUUUAUAUUUUCAUCUACAAAAAAGUUCUUCAUGCUUUACAAUCCUCUCUUCCCCUUCCUUGUUUCCUCAAUUCUUUCUCAUUGAUCCCAGAUCCUUGAUUCUCAAUUCUCAAUUCUUGUUAGUUUUAAGGAGACUGUGCUAUAUAAGCAGUACUAGUGUAGUUUGAUCAUCCAGGUGAGUGUAGUCCUGAGAAGGACUGUUGUUGGUAGUGGUGACUGACAUUUCUACAACCUGUGUGGAAGUCAUCAUCAGAGUCAAGUGAAAGAUUGUUGUCGGUUGAAUGUACUUAGUCUGGUUUGUGUACAUUGAUUGGUCAGUUUUGCUGUGAUGUUAUUGGCUGUAAGACUCAAGUGGUAUAGGUCUGUCGUGAUUGGUUGGUUUGGAUCUGUUAGUGAAGUUAGGUUGUUCUGUUUGGUUUGUUUGUAAUGUUAAUGUUGUGGAUGAGUUGUUUGUAUGGUGCUGGUAGUGGUUGACACCUGUUGAGGGGAGUCUUUUCCAAGUUAGUAAACCAGCUUUCCAGGGUCAGUCGUUGAAAGUAGUUGGUGCUGUAGGUUAGGCAUUGCGCAGAGUCCCAGUCAAUAGUGUGGUUUGUAAGUCAGUGAUGUUCAGCAAUGUGAUUGUUGACAUCACCUUUCCUCGUCACUUGUGUGUGUUCAGUCAGUCUAGUCUUCAGUCUUCAGUCUUCAGUCUUCAGUCAGUCAGAACCGAACAGAACAACCUAACUUCACUAACAGAUCCAAACUGACCAAUCACGACUGACCAACACCACUUGAGUCUUACAGCCAAUAACAUCAUGGCAAAACCGACCAAUCAGUGUACACAAACUGGACUAAGUACAUUUGACUGACAACAACCUUUCACUUGACUCUGAUGAUGACUUCCGCUCAGGUUGUCGAAACGUCAGUCACCACUACCAACAACAGUCCAUCUCAGGACUACACUCACCCAGACAAUCAAACUACCCAAUUACAUGUUACCACUGGGUUCAAACCUUUUACUGUAAAAGCAGUACUGUUAGCUUCACAGCAGCUGCACAAUUUUUCUGUGAAAUAGCUAUGAGAGAAAGAUUGCAACAAAAAAUUAAAUGAACUCUAUCCAACCCUUAGAUCACUUUAUUUAGUUUUACUUUUUAACUAGAUGUCAGGAAAUAUGAUUAUUUUUCUCAAUAGCUCCUCUGCACCUGGAGCUGGAGCUCCUAGCAAUGUACCACAAUUGACUUAUAAACAGCUUGAAGAACUCAUUAACAAGGUAAAUACUGGACUCAACCUUGGUAGAUUACUAUGUUUCAAUUAUGUUGCAUUUCAUUUCUUUGCAAUCAGAUCCCUUUACAGAGAUUGUAGAAUUUUAUAGAAUUUUCUCUGCUUCCAAAAAGCAGUAUUGUAGCCCAACUGGAAGAAGAUGGUGAUAAGAACUUGAAAGGCUUCUAUUUGAAUCAUUUAAGCCUUUAACUCCCAAGAUCUCAUUAGUAAUUCUCCUUACUGUCUGCCAUACAAUUCAUAUGAUUCUAAUUUGGAGAAUUUGGUAUUGGAUCAACCAAUAAUCCCCUGAUUGAUAUUUUUCUUUAUUCUCAUUACUUGUCUGCUUGAUAUUGUACUGAUAGUGUAAGGAGAAAUUCUGUCUGGGUCACUAGUGGGACUUAAAGGGUUAAAAGGCUGAAAUUUUUUCCAAGCUUCACUUUCAACAAUUUUUUAAAUUUUAGUUUUCCUAUAAGGAUCAGUUUGCCUUUUAUCUCCAUCUGCAGGACAAAAGAUAAUUAUUUCACUGUAACAUCAACAGGUAUCCUUUGGUUAAAAUUUUUUUGUAUAGAAAGGAAAGCUUUCAGGUUUCAUUCUCAAGCUUCUAAAACAAAGAGUUAUUUCAUUUGUUCUAUUUUGUUCUGGUUGUUUGUCAAUAGUUCCUAGUGAAAUAGUUGUUUUUAUAUUAAUGAGGGUGGUUUAGAUUACUGUUUGCCCACUAAUUUAAACCAGAUAUCUCAAUUGUGUUUUCAUAUAAUUUAUAUAUAUAUAUUGAAAUUUUUUUUAGUGGGCUUUGGAACUAGCAGACUAUGAAAAAACAUUUUUGGAUCAGGCAGCACAAGUGAAUUCAUGGGAUAGGCUUCUUAUGGAAAAUGGAGAAAAGGUGAAAAUGAUACACAUACACUGUAGUAGUUUAUCUCAGUAAACUAUUAGACAAGAGAUGCGAUUACUACAGCAUUGCUUUAAAUGGGUCUCUCUACAGGACUCUAAAUUCCGAGAACUCUAUGUAACAGACUGUGAAAGAGAUGUUUCAGUUAGCAUAAUGGUAAAGUCUGCCAUUAGCCAUUUACACCCUAACAUCAAUAUGCAAGUUCUCCCUACUGUUCUUUAUACAUUUCCUAUGGAGCUUGCAAGGAGAUCUUGUCUAACAAUCAAGAGCUUUUUGAGUUUCCGAACAUUUCCUUUAUUUUCAUGAACUUAAUGUUUGAUUUAGGGGUGAUACUAUUGGGAAAAAUUAGAUACUUUUAACAGGUUAAGCCUUGGGUUGUCAUCAUGGUGUUUCUCAGAUGAGAUAGUUAAUUCUUGUAGUGUCUGACUGUUAGUCCAUUUAACAAGCUGUCAAGAGGGCAUCCCAUGAAGAGGAAUUAGCAAAGAUGUCACAAGCUAUUGGUUUGUUAUGUUAGUGCGGUAGUUGUCUGUCUGGUGAACCAUAACCAUAACAAUUGUGUAUUCAAAUGUUAUGUGUCUGACAUUUUAGAUCACUGAGCUUAAUGCUGGUGUGGAGAAUGUUAAAGCAGAACAAAAAAGGUAAACAUUGGCAAAAGAAUGUAAGUUGCAAGGUGAUCUCCUUUUCAAGCAGUAACUAGUAAAAUUUACAGCAUGUAGCACUGGUGAUCUCUUUUUACAGCCUAAAAUUGCUUGGAAUUCUUAAAAAUUGAACAAGUAAAAGGAUUGAUCGACCAGUUUGAAUAUUUCUUUUACCUGUUGUGCUUAAAUAAGUGAGAACACUUGUUACUAGUAUGCUGUCUGUAAGGCUGAGGUAUUGCAGACUUUAAGGAAGUGAGUAUGUAGUUUUCACACAUUAAUUGGACAACCAGCAGAAAGUGUCCUCUUACUGAUGAAAGUUACAUUCUGAAAGGAUUGUAAGAUGAAAACUUUUUGAAACUCAUGGAUAUUAUAGCUUUGCUUCAAAGAUCCAAUUUCACUUUACAACUCAUUAAAAUCUCAAGGGUUUGAUGGAGAAUAAGUUGGAAGAGGCAGUGGUUCUAAACAAGCCUUAGAGGGAUUCAGUCAGUAGUCAAUGCAAAGUAUCUGGUUAUUAACCUGUAAUAUCCAAAAUGUGAUUGUUGAUAAGUAUCUACAGCAUUAUUCAGCCAGUAGGUAACAAGUAAACACAAAUUCUGGAAAUAAUCACCAGAAUAUUAAAUGUAUUGUUAGACUUGAUCAAGAGUUGGACUUUAUUAUGGCCCAACAACAAGAACUGGAGGAAAUGUUGAAGCCAUUGGAAGAUGCUGUAAGUUCAAGCAACUCAGGCAGCAGGCAACUCCAGCAGGCUGAUAAGGAGAGGGACUUCACGUAAGUUGAACACAGUUUAUAACUUACAGUGUUUUUAUGAACAGAUAGGGUGGAGUUCAUGAAAUGUACUGGAAUGAAACCUGGCAGUUCUUCAAGUUGUGGUUUGGAAAAAAAAUUGGAGUACUGAAUUUGAGGCUUUAGUCAGUAGCUUGGUAACUUACCUUCAGCAGCCACUGAAGGAUUGGCAUGAACUUAUGACAACAUUACCUGUAACAUGAUCUGUGCAAAUUCUUUUCAAUCAGGUACAAAUUGGCUAAAGAUGUUGAUGGACAGUUAAAGCAAAUGGUGCAAGAUCUCAAAUCAAUCAUUGAACAUCUUAAUACUGCAAAUACUCAGCAACAGGACUCAGAUGACCCUGUAAGUGAUUACUGAUUGGCAUUGUCGAAAUGUUGAAAGAAACGAUAGUUUAACAAAAAUAAAAAAUGGCGCUUCGUCUCUACACUCCCUCUUCUAUUGUGGUUUUGACUCUUUGUUUGUGUUUAGAUUGCACAGAUUGCCAAGAUUUUGAAUGCACACAUGAAUUCACUACAGUGGAUAGAUCAAAAUUCAGGUGAGCCACAAAGAGAUUGGGAACCAUCCUUCUUAGCAGUUAAUGCUAAGGGGAGGGUGGGUGGGGGCAGUCUAAAUUCUUGAAUUCAAAGGCUACAAUCAACCAUCAGUCUCACUGCUUGGUAAAUACAUUUUAGUUUUUUUUUUCUUUUGUGAAGGAUUAUCAUAAUGAUAAUUUACCUAGAACAAAGAAGAAGACUAGUUUAGAUCUUGCUGACCUGUAUUCUUUUUUUUUUUUUUUUUUUUUUGUGAGGGACUGAGUUUUGUUUUCUAUGACUGAUUUACUGUUUGACUGAUUGAUAAACUUAAUCACUACACUGAUGGUUAAUCAACUGACUGACAAACCAAUUUUUAUGUAACUCAUCAAUUAAUGGUAUUUUCCCAGAGUUUUUCUUCCUCAAGUGCCAAAAGUCAUUUUGAAGUGUUGGGUCAAAGUUAUGAAUUACCCAUAACAAGCUUCUUUUUCCUGUAGGAAUCCUUCAGAGAAAGGUUGAAGAGAUUUCUCGCCUCAGUGAAACAAGGAGAAAAGAACAGGAAAGAAACUUUAGAUUGGUAAGUUUUUGGCCAAGGGGUAUUCUUUUUCUGAAGAGUACAGAUUUAGACAACUUUUUUUUGUUGCACAUCCCCAAUAAAAGAGAUCUAGUCUAAUUCUAGAGAGCACAGUUUGUCUCAAUGGCACCUCUGGGACAGUGCCCCUACUAUCAAGGGCAGGUUUAGAGUUUGUAUGUUUAGAGUUUUGUUAUGAACAGAGCAUUGUGUAAGAAUAAAUUCUACAUUUGACUCUUCAAAAAUGAUUCUAAAACAACCCUCUUGUAAAGGAAUGUCAAUGUCUGUGGAUUUCAUGGUUGCAAGCCUGUGUUUCCUUGACAAAUGGAUCAUCAUAUUGGUUUUCUAUCUCUCUUGCAGGCAUUUGAUUGAUAAUUUCAUAACUUCUCAACUCUUCCAAUACAAGUUGUACAACACAUCAGCUAUUGUAAU